GACAAUGGAGUUUAGUGUCCAGCGCAUGUCCAGCCGGAGCCACUGAGACAGUUGGUACGGUGAUCGGGGGCUUUUGUUAUGAAUUUGUGGACAAGGAAACCAACUGGUACAAUGCCGUGGCUGGCUGCGAGGCUAAAGGGGGUCGACUGCUGGAAAUACCGUCAGCAGAAGUUCAGGACUUUGUGGACGUCAACCUGAUCGCGUACAGGCAGAACCAGGAGCUCGGGAUCUGGAUAGGAGCCAAGAGGGCCACUAAUGCGGAUUCCACCGGUGGGGCCUGGUUUUGGCACAAGUCGAACACCAAGCUCUCGUACGAGAACUGGGCGCAAGACGAACCCUCAAUGUUUUGGAAUUCCUAUUACGACCCCGAGGAGUGUGCCUAUAUGAGAUACGACAAGUCUUGGCAGUGGAACGACUUUCCCUGCACUGAUACGUAUUGGGGGAGUCACAGCUAUAUCUGUGAAUAUGUUGGUGAGGGUUCCCUAGACACCAGUGGGGGUAUCUACCACGGUGGGUCAAACGUCACAGAAAUGGCACUGACCAUGGAGCCUACUACUACCACUACCACACCCGAGGUCCAUGACGGCAGCGCUGGCAGGAGCGGCUCUGACGACAGAGCUCAAAGUGAAAGUACUGUAGCGCCACUAUUGCCACAUCUGACGCAUUUCUUUUCUGUGGCCGGAUUCACCAUUGCUAGUAUCCUGCUUGUGGCUGUGGUGAUACUUUUUGGUGUAUAUAUAGUGCGGAAGUUUCGACAAGCCAAGACAGGUGACAACCAAAACACGCCUCUUUUUCACAAAAGUCAGCCUAAGCAGUCGGUGCCGAUAUCAGAUUAUGGCUCCCCUAUUUUCCUCUGA